GUGGGGGACGAAGGAUUCUGGGGGAUGUAGUUUAACUGGGCCGUGAUGCUUGACGUCUGCACGAGCGUGUUACAUGAGGAUCUGUGCAAAGGGAAGUCCAUCUUAGACAUGAAAAUAGAGGCCAGUCGUGUCUGAGGUUUUGGAAACAUGUCCAAAAAAAGGGGCAGGAAGCGUAGCAGCGGCGAGCUUAGCGACAGUCUCACUCCGGAUCCCAACAACCUGCUCGGCCGACGGAUCCAACACAGCUGGCGGGAGAAGGGCGCGCUGACCAAAUGGAAAGGAACAGUACUGGACCGGCUCACCGUCAACUCGUCCUUAUAUAUGGUCAAAUACGACGGCUUUGAUUGCGUCUACGGAAUCGAGCUCUUUAAGGAUGAGAGAGUUUCCAACCUGCAAGUCCUCACAGAAAAAGUGGUGAACAACAAGAUCAAGGUUCCUCAUGACGCAGAGGAGCUGGUGGGGAAAGCCGUAGAACAUCUGUUUGAGAAGGAAGACGGUGAGAAGAACGAGUGGAGGGGGAUGGUGCUGUCUCGCGCACCCAUUAUGACCAACUGGUACUACAUCACCUAUGAGAAAGACCCUGUUCUGUACAUGUACCAGCUCUGGGACGACUACAAAGACGGAGACCUGCGGAUUUUACCUGAAGCAGAAAAUAAACACCUGCUGCCGGCAGACAGGAAGCCCGGAGAGGAAACAGAGAGUCUUGUGGGUAAGCAGGUGGAGUACGUGACGGAUAAAGGCGUGAAGAGAACCGGCCUCGUCAUCUAUCAAGUUCCCGCCAAGCCGUCUGUGUACUACAUCAAAUACGACGACGAUUUCCACAUCCACGUUUACGACCUGGUCAAGACGACCUAAAACAAACAGACAAAGCAAAGAAAACGAAAACAAACCCGCUUUCGUCUCACCUCGUAGUAGCUUAAGUAUCAUCGCAUUGUACCUUCUCAUUGUACAGUUCGCCAUGCUAUGAAGUGCUGGCCGCGGAGGUAUGAAGCGUUAGUGUGCAGGGUUUGUUAUUUUGUGUGGUUGUCGAAAUUGACAGCUUAGGGAGACGAUUUUUAAAAUUGUCAUAUCAAAACCGUGUAUUUAUAUGUGUGCAUUGGGCGUCAUUCAGUGACUUCACAUGUUUAUUAGCCCGUAUAACAGGAUGUCUUUGCGAGGCGUAGCUUUGAUUCAGCUGUAAGCCCCGGGACAGGUCAAUCUCAUAUGAGUUUUGAGAUUUGUAUUUGAAUGUUCGGCCUCGUAAGACCGGUGAGGAUUUUCCUUCAUUUAAACUGUAAAUAUCUUUGAACACAAGUCAAAAAGAUGCAUACGUCACGUGCAAGAAACAGGAAGACGUUCUUUAACUGACACCACAGAAACUUAUUUAUUGAAUCGGUAAGAUUCGAAAACAAAUGUUUGCACCCAGAAAACCUUUAAAACCUUUGAGUUGGGCAUAAUUUAAUGCAUAUUGUGACUCACUGAAUUCUGCUGCAGUUUUUUUUUCCUCUUAACCAAAUCCGGACAGAUCUGCAACUUGACAAAUGUUUGCGCUUUCCACUACAUUCAGUAGGUGGC